AUGAAUCACUUUGCCAAAGUCUGUAAAUCAGCACCAUACAGGCCCAACCCUGUGUACACAGUGGAACCGGAUAACUCCAGUGGGACAGAAGAGCUGUUCAUAGACUCCAUCACUAAAAUGAAUGAAGGGGAAACUACUGAACAGGCUUUUACAGAUGUGGAAGUAGGCUCACACAGCAUUCGAUUUAAACUUGAUACGGGAGCUAGUGCCAACGUCAUUCCGGUCCGACUCUUCAAGAGGCUUUUUCCCCAUGUCAAACUGACCCCAGCCACACGACCACUAUCGGGCUAUGGAGGUGAGAAAUUAGACAUUAAAGGGACAUGCGAGCUAAAAUGCAGGCGUAAAGACCUUCAAAGCUCAUUUGUAUUUGACAUUGUGAAAACUGCUGCCCCUCCUAUCUUAGGGCUAAGAGCAUGUCUUGACCUUAACCUAGUCAAGCUGGUCAUGUCAGUAGAGCCCACUAGUGUCAUGGAGGAAUUUGCUGAUGUGUUCAAAGGGAUAGGGAAGUUCCCAGGUGAAUGCAACAUACAUAUUGAUCCGUCUGCCACGCCCGUUGUAUACCCCCCACGGAGAAUACCCUUUAUGCUACGAGAUCGUUUAAAGCAGGAGCUGGACUCUAUGGAGAGGGAUGGCAUCAUCGCCAAGGUGAACGAGCCCACACAAUGGGUCAACGGACUUGUAGUUGCAGAAAAACCACGUACUGGAAAGCUUAGGGUUUGCCUUGACCCUCGUGACCUCAAUAAAGCAAUCAAAAGACCACACUACCCUCUUCCCACCUUGGACGACGUUACGCCAAAGCUGGCCGGAGCGCAAUACUUCAGUGUAUUGGACGCACGUUCCGGAUACUGGACAAUCAAACUAUCACACGAGUCAUCACUACUAACUACUUUCAACACCACCUUUGGCAGGUACCGCUUCCUACGCCUGCCCUUUGGAAUAAUAUCUGCCCAGGACAUUUUUCAGAGGAAAAUAGAUGAGACCUACAGUGGGUUAAACGGUGUUGUAGCUAUAGUAGAUGACAUACUAGUGUUCGGCAAAACAAGAGAGGAACACGACGCCAACCUUCGCGCUAUGCUGGAACGUACCAGGGAGCGAGACGUACGCCUGAACCCAGAAAAGAGUGUUAUAUGCGCCACUGAAGUGAGCUACUUUGGACACAAACUGACACGUGACGGCAUGCAACCUGACCCAAAGAAAAUACAGGCCAUAAAGGGCAUGCCCCCGCCUGAGAACAAGAACGAACUUGAAACUGUUCUAGGUAUGGCCAAUUACCUAUCUAGGUUUGCCCCCGGCCUGUCGGAAGUCAAUGCACCACUGCGGCAACUACUGAAACGUGAAAAUGAGUUUGUUUGGGACCAUAACAGCGCGAGGGCAUUCCAACAGAUGAAAGAUUUCAUCACCAGAGAACCAGGCCCGAUACUGUGCUAUUUUGACACCACUAAGGAGCUGCGCUUGCAGGUGGAUGCAUCCAAACAUGGUUUAGGAGCAGUCUUGAUGCAGGAAGGACGCCCCGUCGCAUAUGCCUCCAAGUCACUCACUCCGACCGAGGUAAAUUAUGCACAGAUUGAGAAAGAACUCUUUGCAGUACUAUUCGGAUGUAAACACUUCCACACCUACAUUUAUGGCAGAAAAGUUGUUGUGGAAUCUGACCAUAAACCCCUUGAGUCAAUACUGAAAAAGCCCAUUUCCUGUGCCCCUGCUCGCCUCCAACGCAUGCUCUUACAACUUCAACGUUAUGACAUUGAAAUCUUGCACCGCCCUGGUAAAGACAUUCCCGUGGCUGACACACUCUCCAGGAAACCACUGCACGAGUAUGAUGCCACACUCAGUGAAGGUAUGGAUGAGCAGGUCCACUCAGUGAUUAAAAGCAUACCAGUAAGUGACAACAAACUCUCAGAAAUACGAGCAGCCACAGACAGUGAUCCACAACUCACAAUACUGAAGCAAACUGUUCAGUCAGGCUGGCCCGAGGACCGAAACAAAUGCCCAGCAGCACUACUGGAUUUCUGGAAUUUCAGGGAUGAACUUUCACAGUAUGAUGGCAUUCUAUUCAAAGGGGACAAAAUUAUCGUGCCAUCAGCCUUGAAACAACACAUGCUUGAAAAGAUUCACACUGGUCACAUGGGUAUUGAGAGGAGUAAACAGAGAGCCAGGGAUGCCCUCUUCUGGCCAAAGAUGGGAAAAGACAUCACUUCCACAGUGGAGAACUGCCCCAUAUGUCAGGAAAGGCGUGCCUCAAACCCCAAAGAGCCCCUCAUACCACAUCAAAUUCCAGAAAGGCCCUGGCAAAUAGUGGCCUCAGAUCUUUUCACAUGGAAGGGAGAAGAGUAUCUCCUGGUUGUUGACUACUACAGCCGCUACUUCGAGAUAGAAAGACUGUACUCCGCCACGUCCGGCUCAGUUAUCACAAAACUCAAAGCCAUAUUCGCUAGACAUGGUGUACCUGGAAAACUUAUCUCUGACAAUGGCCCGCAAUACAGCUCUCAGGAAUUCAAAGCUUUCGCAGCCUCAUGGGACUUUGAGCACGUUACAUCAAGCCCCCAGUAUCCGCAGAGUAACGGGUUAGCAGAGAGAACUGUUAGAACUGCCAAAUCCAUUCUGGACAAAGCACGCGCUCAGAGAGUUGACCCUUACCUGGCCAUUUUGGAACACAGAAACACACCCGUGGAUGGUUUUAAGUCACCAGCACAGCUUCUCAUGAGCCGACGCCUGCGCUCUGUGCUUCCUGUAACAAAUCAACACUUAAAACCGCGUGUUACAAGCUGGAAAAGAGUGCAACAAACCAGGAAGAAAAAACAAACCACACAAAAGCUAUAUUAUGACAGGUGUGCCAAACCACUAUCCAUACUACAGCGAGGAGACAACAUUCGCUACCAGCAAGAGACUGGACUGUGGAAGCCAGCUGUCAUCAUUCAACCCGCAGAAACUGAUCGCUCAUACAUCAUCCGCACAGGUGAAGGACAGACGCUCCGUCGCAACCGCAGACACCUGAUAAACUCUAAAGACCAACCUGCCGCAGCUGAUCCAGGACCUGCGAGUAACAACGCGACUGCACCACAACCAACUAGUGAGGAGUUACCAACCAACUGUCCAGACCCGCCAGUCACCAAUGGAGACAGUUUGCCAACCACUCGAUCAGGCCGUGUUAUCAAGGCCAGAAGUAUUCUUGACCUGUGA